UUAGUAAAUAUUCAUGAAAAUAUUUACACAGAGAAUAUAAAGUGUGCUAUUGUUGUUUAAGAUUUUGGUUAUGAUGUUAAUAGACUCCGCGCAUUCUUGUGUCAAUGUACGAGAGAAAUGGAGGGUUGAUAGCGGCUUCCCCCCUCCCGGCCCCCUUCCUAGAUAUAUACUGUCUUACGAAACACGCGACCACUAGUAUUGCAUGCGCUUCGCGACGAUCGGUGUUUCCUGUGCUCGCUUUAACGCCGAGACGUAUGUGGCUACAAGAUAUUUCCUGAAGUCGGAGCAAGUGUUACAAUGACGAUGGACAGCGUCGCGAUGUCGGUGGGAGCGGACAAGCAGCACGUGUCGCUGAGACAGGAAAACAACCGUGCAGGCAGUAUCAAAGCCGGUGUGAUUGAUUUCGUGGCCGGCUCGCUUGGUGGUGCAGCUCUUGUCUACGUGGGCCAACCGUUGGACACAGUCAAGGUGAAGAUGCAGACGUUUCCCACGAUGUACAACGGCAUGGUGAACUGUUUCCUCCGUACAUUAAGGACAGACGGCAUCGUGAGGGGUUUAUACGCCGGCACUAUCCCGGCUGUGGUCGCCAACGUCGCCGAGAAUUCCGUACUGUUCGCCGCAUACGGCGGAUGCCAAAAAGCGAUCGCUCAUUUAACGGGUGCGCAGAGUGUGAAGGAGUUGAACUCUAUUAGCAACGCCUGGGCCGGCUUCUUCGCUGCAUUCUUUUCCUCGUUGACGCUGUGUCCGACCGAGCUGAUAAAGUGCAAGCUGCAGGCAAUGAAAGAGGUGGAAGAGACAAAAGCAGCCACCAACGCCAUGGACAAAACCAGGAGGCGCGUAGGACCGUGGAAUUUGACGAGACAAAUUCUUAGGGAGCAAGGUGUAAGAGGCCUGUUUACAGGUCUCUCGUCGACGAUAGCCCGCGAGAUGCCAGGUUACUUCUUCUUCUUUGGCGGCUACGAGGGCACGCGAGAGUUGUUAGCCACAGCUGGCCAAAGUAGGGACGAAAUCGGCUGGCAGAAGACGAUGGUAGCCGGCGCAGUCGGCGGCAUAGUGCUCUGGCUGGUGAUAUUCCCCGCCGACGUGGUGAAGAGCAGAAUACAGGUAAAAAAUCUGAAGACACCCGCAUUGAUAGUUUUCAAAGACAUUAUAAGGCAAGAAGGUAUCGGCGCAUUAUAUAACGGAUUGAUACCGACUUUGAUACGAACGAUACCAGCGACCGCCACAUUAUUUGUCACCGUCGAAUAUACGAAGAAAAUCAUGUACAACUAUUUUUAAGAUCAAUCUCGAUGUUGAAUUGCUUGAAUGAACUUGGUAUCCCCAUGUUACAAAAUAUUUUCUUUAAAAAUUUGAAUGGAAUAUUUACCAUAAAAAUGCAAUGUCUACAAACAAAAGAACAAUGUACAAAGGAGAAACUUCUCAUUACAAAGUAUUUAAAAAAAAAAUAUGUAAAUAAAAAGAAAUAAUAUGUUACUGUA